CCCGGAGCUGAGCGCUGGGAAGCUUCGCGGAACAUCCCCCUCCCAGCCCGCCAGCUGCGCAGCGGCCCCAGCCCUCGGCAGCUUGGAAGCAUCGGUCCUGCAGUCAUGGAGAACACUGGUACAGAUACACUUCCUCUUAACAUGAUUUCUUCAGAAGAGCAAGAGACUGUAUGUAUAUUUGGAACUGGAGACUUUGGAAGAUCUCUGGCAUUUAAAAUGCUCCAGUGUGGUUAUUCUAUUGUUUUUGGAAGUCGAAACCCCAGGACGUCCAGUCUGCUGCCCAGCGGUGCAGAGGUCUUGAGCUAUUCAGAAGCGGCCCAGAAAUCUGACAUCAUAAUCAUUGCGGUCCACAGGGAUCAUUAUGAUUUUCUCACAGCACUAACUGAGGUUCUCCGUGGGAAAAUAUUGGUCGAUGUCAGCAACAACCUCAAAAUCAAUCAGUACCCAGAAUCGAACGCAGAGUACCUUGCUCAGCUGGUGCCGGGAACCCGCGUGGUAAAAGCAUUUAACACCAUCUCAGCCUGGGCUCUCCAGUCAGGAGCACUGGAUGCAAAUCGGCAGGUGCUUGUCUGUGGAAAUGACAGCAAAGCCAAGCAAAGAGUGAUGGAUAUAGUUCGUUCUCUUGGACUAACGCCACUGGACCAAGGAUCUCUCAUCGCAGCCAGCGACAUUGAAAACUACCCCCUGCAACUGUUUCCAAUGUGGAGGUUCCCCUUCUGCUUGUCUGCUGUUCUGUGUGUCUUCUUCUUUGUCUACUCUGUUAUCAGAGACAUCAUCUACCCUUAUGUUUAUGACAAGAAAGAUAAUACAUUCCGCUUGGCUGUUUCCAUUCCAAAUCGGGUCUUUCCAAUAGUAGCCCUUAUGCUGCUUGCGUUGGUUUACCUCCCUGGUAUUAUUGCUGCCAUUCUGCAGCUGUACCGAGGUACGAAAUAUCGCCGAUUCCCAGACUGGCUUGACCACUGGAUGCUUUGCAGAAAGCAGCUUGGCUUGAUAGCACUGGGGUUUGCCUUCCUUCACGUCAUCUACACACUUGUGAUUCCUAUUCGGUAUUAUGUACGAUGGAGGCUGAGAAACGUAACCGUCACCCAGGCAAUAGCCAAGAAAGAAAAUCCAUUUAUUACCUCUCAGGCCUGGCUUAGUGAUUCAUAUCUGUCUUUGGGAAUCCUUGGAUUUUUCUUCUUUGUCCUUUUGGGCAUCACUUCCUUGCCAUCAGUUAGCAAUAUGGUCAACUGGAGAGAGUUCCGAUUUGUCCAGUCCAAACUUGGUUAUGUGACCCUGAUCCUGUGCACAGCUCACACCCUGAUAUACGGCGGAGACAGAUUCCUCAAGCCCUCGAAUCUCAAAUGGUAUCUACCUUUGGCUCAUGUGCUAGCACUCAUCAUUCCUUGCACUGUGCUGGUGAUCAAGUUUCUCCUCAUCCUGCCGUGUAUAGAUAAGCCCCUCACUCGGAUCCGCCAGGGCUGGGAAAGGAGCUCGAAAUUGUCGAAAUAGGCCUUGAAUGGAAAAACUGACAUUUGAAGUGACAUUUAACCCACCCAGAGUUCUGAAUUGUAUGUUUAGGGACUACUAAUGGGCUCAGUCAAGAAGCAUUUUUCUCCCACUGUGGCCUGAAGUUUGGGAACAGCAAAGGAAAUAUUGCCUGACUUUGAAAAUCGGAGUGAUGGGAAGAGAACAGCAUUUUACCUCGGGUUAGUGAUGGAUUCGUGUGGGUCCGCCUCCCCCAGAAGCAGCCAGACAUGAGAUCCAGAUUAGCCUGUGGCUUCACACUCAGAACCUUCUUGCUGUGGGCACCAUGCAUGACCUAAUGUCUUACAAAUUUUCAAGUACAUGCAACUUCCUUCUCUGGCUCAAGGGCUGAGUGGAGGAAAAGAGAAAACAGUAAAACGGUGGCCACUGAUCAAGGCUUUAUUAGGUGUGUCUGAAGAAGAAGGCGCAAUGAAGUAAAAUGAAUGAGAUUUUUUUUAAAUUGUUUUUUGAACAUGAAGGUGAUUAUAUAUCGCCAUAGUCAAUUCUGUAGUUAAAUGUGCUCUUUGAUUUUGCUUUUACCAAUAUGAAUGUGUAUAGCGGGAAACAAUUUUAUAAUACAACAAAAAUACUACAGCCGAUGGGAAGAAUUGGGUCAGAUAUAUGUAAAUGUGUACAGUUGUCCAAAGAUCCCUCCUUUACAAGGAAUAAGUGUAAGAAAGGUUGAGUUAAAAUGGAAGGAUACCCACUUGUAUUUUCUCAAUGUGCAAUGAGCAAGGAAAGCCUGAUAAAAGCCCUUCCACAAAAAGUUCAAAUAAACCAGAAUUUUUUUUUUUUUUUUAUGUGCCCCUAGCGGGGACCAAACCUGGGACUCUCUGGUCCGCAGGCCGAUGCCCCAACCGCUGAGCCCAUCCAGCCAGGGUUAAGCCAGAAUUUUAGACAGCAAGCUCAAUAAAUGUAAAGUUGCACUAGAUUAGGUUUGGUUUUAUUUAGGUAUUGCAGUAUGCUUUGUAAAUAACAUAUUCCAAAUGUUAUUCAUUAGUAAUCAGCUAGGAAAUGAAUUUCUGGUAUAAAUAGUAGCUUCUGGAAUUUGUCAUAGUUCACUGUAAUUUUAAGCAGUGAAGUUAAGUGAAGAAUGAAAGUGUAAGUGUGAUGGAAGCACAGAAGAGAGAAUUAUGGGAAGUCUUAGGGCAGAGCGCUGUGCGCAGUAGUUGUUACCGAGACUUGGUUCUUUCUCAGGUGCUCACUGGAAUGCAGGAUGACUCUCUGCUGAUAGUUCCACCUACAAGGUGGCCUUCACCAGAUUAGCCUUCCUGGCUCACACAUGGAGCCAAAAAGAACUUCUCCCCACAUGCUGAAAUAACCAAAAGGCUUCGGGUUUGACAUUUUUCACCUGCUCUGUCAAGACCAUUUAUUUUUCUCUUAUUUUUACUUUGAUCAUCAUAUAUUCGACAUGAUAUUAUAUAAAAUAAUUAAAAUGAUUUAAAGCAUCACCCAUAACCCAGGAUAUUUUCCUAUAAAACAUUUUAAAAAUAGUUCUAUUUAUACGGUAUACUCAACUUCACAUCCUUUUUAACAAUAUAUUAGCAGCUCUGCUCUCUCAGUUACAUGGCAUAUGUAUUUAAUUUAUAGUUGCAUGAUAUUAUAUCGAAGGGGACAUUUAUUAAUCACUGCUCUAAUUUAACAGGUAGGCUAUAUUCAUUUUUUUACUAAAACAAGUAACUUUUCAGAGAAUGUGUUAGCACUUACAACUUUUAUCCACAUUUCAAAUUAUUUCCUCAGAAUACUUGCCAAGAAUUGGGAUUACAAAAUUCAAGAAUUUUUAAUAGCAUUUGAUAUAUAUUGCCAAAUUAUGUCUAAAGUGACCUUGUCAAUAUCAUUGGUGUUGGAUAAGGGUGUUGGUUUUGUGGUGGGCAGUUAGACAGACAUGAGCAGAGCAAGAACGAUGGGCCAGACACAGAAGGUCGCCAGGGCUGAAAGUCCUGGGUGCCUACCAAAGGACAAUUGUAGAAUGAGACCUCAUUUCCAGGGUGACCUCCCCCCCACCAGCAUAUCCCUGGUCAUGCUGUUUGGACCCCCUGACCUUUCCUCCUUAGAGAUAACAUCUAGGUCUCAGCUGUAUUUCAGCUCCAAGCCCCAAAAAACAGCAAAACCAAACAAGCAACACCAAGUCCAAGGCUGGCCUCAGAGCCAGCUGCAUUGGGUAAUGACCCUACCCUGAUGACGACCAGUUAAUCAGUGGAGCCCCCGGCCCUGAAAGGACACCCCUGGAAAGCUGAUGGAUAUUCUAUUGAGAUAUGUCCCUGAGACCUCCCCUAAAAUCUCCACCCUUAAAACCCUUAGAAUGGAGGACCCAGUGAGCUCUCCCUCCUGGGAACCCAUCAGCCUGCACCUUUCCCCUCCUGCUCCUUCAUGCCCCUCCCCUCCCUCUCCCCCCAGGUGAGUCUCCUUGACCUUCCUUGAUUUUAAGCUCCAAGGACUUUCUUUUGCUUCUAUAACUUGUUUCCUAAGCCCAUUUCUUCUAUGAAUUAUUUCUUCUACCUCUGUGAUUUUAUAAAUAAAUGUCCUCUUACAGUUUGAGUCUUGGCUCUGAAUUCUUUCCUGGCCAGAACUCAAGUACCGAGGUUGCUGAACCUAGGUACGGUCUGACCCCACGGGUCUAACACUUGGGGUAGUUCUUGCCACCUUCAACAGUUUCAUUACACCCUUAUAGGUUUUCUUUUUUAUCUCGAUUUGUGUUCACUGAGAAGAUACACAGAGCGUAUGAUCCAUUAAUGUAUCCCUGAUCCACCCAGCAAGGAUACAAAAAGCUGGACAACUCUCAGCAGUGUGUGGAGUGCCAACCCUAGAGCAUCAGUGGGAAAGACAGGGAAUAUGUCACUGCUCAUCCACUCUAUUUUAGGCCAAAGAGCCAAAUGUUGGAGGGUUAGAGCCUAUUGGUUGAGGACUAUCUAGGUUGUUAUUAAAAAGCCUUUUGGGUUAACCAUGCUCCUUUUUAGUAACAGAAUAUGUUUUUACUGGGUCACAGUUCAUCCCUAAAAAUAGAAAAUACCACACCUGGGUAGCAAAGCUUUUCUGGAAUAAAAUGGGCUCUACUUUUAUAACCUAGUAAAAAUCCUCUACCCAGGUACUUAAUAAAAGCUUUCCAUGAAGCUAGAAGUUAAAGAGUGCCCCCUGGUGGUUUUUACAUAACACUGCAUUACCAGGUCUGACUUGGUCUCAACCUCAAAGGCUCAAAACCCACCAGCAGACCACAAAAGCCAAUUUCCUUCUCUUCCCUCCCCAAAUUCCUUCUUCCCCAAACCAUCAAACCAACUUGACCAUCCUGACACAGCCAACUUCUCCAGUUUACUUACAGUGGAAAGAAUGAGUUUGGAAUAGAUGGAAAUAGUGAACUGUAUAUUCCUUUUAACAGAUCCAAAUUGUUCUAUAUAAAAGUUAGACUAAAUUUCUUCACUACUGGUGUGCUUCCUGUAUUCUAGGGAAACUUUUAUUAAGCUCACAGACCUUUUAUUUUUGUAUGUUUUCCUCAUGUUAAAAGAUGACUGCUUUUGUAAAUGUGUACUCAUUAAACAUUACUUUUUAAAUAUU